AUUUCUUGGUUUAUUUUGGUGUUCAGAGUCUUUACUGUUUAGACUUAACGUUUAUAGUGUUUGCACCCAAUUACAACCAAUAAUUAAAAUUUAAAUCAGUAUAUGGCAUACGUACAAAUGGAGGUAGCUUUAAUGUGAUAGAACAAUCAGUAUUAAGUAAAAUGAUGAUUUCAAGAUCUAAACAUCGGUCCUCUAUCGAUGUUUGUUCCGAUUGCGGGGCAUCGGAUCCAUCGUGGGCGUCAAUAAACCGUGGACUGUUGUUAUGUGCUGAGUGCUGUAGUGUUCAUCGCAGUAUGGGUCGGCAUAUAUCGCACGUUAAGUCACUACGGCAAGGUUCUUGGCCGCCGUCGCUAUUAGCUAUGGUGCAAGCACUGACAGCACAGAAUGUAAAUAGUAUUUGGGAGCACUCUUUAUUGGACACAUCAGCUCCGAAGCAUCUGCGGAAAAAGCCAACUCCAAAAGACCCAUUACAUCCAGUUAAAUCAGAGUUCAUUUUGGCAAAACAUUUGCGGCUUGCUUAUGUAUUGCGUGCUCGUCGUGAUGAACCACCAAGUGAAUUAGGAAGACAGUUGCAUAGUGCUGUACGAAGCUCCUCUCUGGACACAGGCAUGAGACUAUUAGCGCAGGGGGCUGAUCCUAAUUACUAUAAUCAGGAGAAAGGCAACAUGUGCUUACACGUAGCUUGCCGUGCCGGUCAGCCAGCGCAGGCUGAGUUGUUGGUAGCCUGGGGAGCUGACCCGACAGCCAAGGAUAGUGCAGGAAACACCCCCAGUGAAUGUGCUAGACUAGGUGGCCAUACAGAACUUGCAGACCGUAUGACAGAGUUAGUAUAUGAAGCCACUGACCGAAUGAUCUACUUUCUGACUGGUGAAAGACCGGAUCAUGCAUCUGGUAGGCACUACAUAGUGCCUCGAGCGCAUGACACACACGAAAUGACCGACGUCGCUAAGGCUGCUAGGGGAAAGUUACAAUUGUUACCGAAUCACCUCUUUGAAGAGCUUGUUAUGGAUAUUUACGAUGAAAUUGAUCGACGCGAGACGGAAGCCAUAUGGCAAACCAGCGCGACGGGCUUAGAACGAUGUGGUGUGGCAUUUUUGCCCGUGAACCCGGCUCUAUCGGCCCCAAGGAACCAGGGCAGGCAGAAACUAGCCAGACUGUCUUCACCGGAAUUCGCGACAUUACUCCGGGAUGUUCUUCUAGAUGCUACUAGAAGACAGAGGAUUGCCAGUCUACAGCCAAGAGGUAUAUCGGGUCCACUAAAUCCGUUAUUAUCGGCGAGUCACUUGAAACACAUUUCUCAAAUGUCUGACGAUGAGCCUUUGUACGAUUCGGUCGCUUCGGAUGAGGACUACGCGGCUUUGGCACCCAUCGACUUGGAUAUGUCAAAUCUAGACCCGAAAGCGGGCGAAACAGUAUCAUCCACAUACAACCCUUCACUACCCGAAUCAAACGAACGUACAAACACACCAAUAGACAGAAACGAGAUAGAAUCUCUUAAAAAGGAACUCGACAAUCGGGACUCAACCAUCACAGAGCUGAAAAAUCAGCUGAAAAACCUUCAAACUAUUGUGGAACAGCUGACAAAAGAGAACAGCGUACUAAAAACGAGUAGUAUCGACGAGGACAGCGUGUCCACGAAUGAGGACAAAGAGAAAGGAAGAGAAGAAGAUGUAAGAGUGAAGACCCGCCCGGUCAGUAUGUAUGAGACUAGAGAGGGACCAAGGAAUAACUGGCAGGUUACUAAACAUCAGUUGACAAGUAUUCCGGUUUUGGAGAGAUCUCUAACACAGGGUGCGUUGGAAGUUGGCGUGUCGAGUAUGAUGGAUAUUGAUUCGCCCCGGGAGCCAUUGAAUGCAGAGGUAGUCCAAAUGCGCGCGGAAGCUGUGACCCGUGCAAUCCAGGAAUUGUGGUCGGCUGCGAGACUCCAGCGGAGUCGGUUGCCAGACAGGGCUGACUCUAUUCGACGAGCUACGUCGUCUCUGUUGGCACUGUUUCCACAGACCUGCUCAGACGCAUCGUUGGACCAGGUAGUAAGUGAUCUUCGUUCAGCAAGUGAGGAAUUGAGCAUUGCUUGUACCGCCCAAGCUCCAAUCGACCAAGUGCGAACAGCCGCGUACGACUUGGCCAAGGCGACAAAGCUUUUAGUAACACAUUUCCAGCCCUCCUAGCGAAGAACACUACACUACACAACCGUGUAGUGUAAAAGUGUACCCUGGUGUUGCACUUUUGGGAUGUUUAAGUGAUAAGUGUCACAAUUGUAGGUUGUAUUAGUGUGACAGGUCUUGUAUUGCCAGUUUAGCGGCAAAUGAGAAAGUGUUGCAAGGGCUUUUUGGUGGUAAUCAGUUUUUUGUGAUUUGUAGGAGUCGCAUGAAGUGAAUGCAAGUUUGGCAAAUAAAUUGGGUUAGUUAUGUACCCCACGUGGGUUUUAGAUACAUGCCCCACCCAUAGUACGCAUAACAUAGCCAAUUUACUUGCGAGUAACACUUAGUUUUAAUAAAAUACUGUUUUUUAGCUGAGUUAAAACGCAGUGAGAAAUGAUGUUUUAAUUAUAAGACAAUAGAGCAAAUAUAAAAAAAUGUUUGUCUUGUUAUCUCUUACUGUAUAAUUGUGAACCAAAUACUGUUAUGUACACGAAUUAAAAACUGAAAAUAUAUUUAUUAAUUUGCCUCGAUCUAUUUAAAGUUCAAACGCGUGAAAUCAAUCUAUCGUUACCGCUUGUUAUGCGACUAAAGGACUUGUAUCCAUCGAUAUGUAGUUAAAUAAAAAACACAAUUAUUCUAAUAAUGACGUGAUAUAAAAUAUACAAUAAUAUUAAAAACAGUAUUUAAUUGAACAUUUUGGGAAUGUUUUGAAUUUUUGUGUGCUGUAUGUUAGUGUUACAGAUUUGUCUGAGUUUGCUAUUGUGAGUUGUGAUUUAGAUAAUGUAUAUCAAAUUCUAAAGUUGUAUUCUAAAAUAGAUUCAUACUUAUAGUUCCUUCAUUCAUCAUCUAUAUGUUCCUUCAUUAUAAUCAUCAACAUUUUUCUGUAGUCACGUAUUAAUACUAAAGUCAUUUAAUUCGUCUUGUCACUUGACAGUGACAUUAACGCGGUCUCUCAAAACUUCUCAGUUCAUUCGAUAGAUAAGAAUAAUUUAAAACUCUUUGGCCCGUAUUGUGCAUCAAACAUAAGUCUAUUUAAAGUACUGUAAACUAGCCACAGAUAACUUAAGGCCCCAUCUAGCUCAAAGGUUUAACUAAUCUGUGGCCAAGACAAGCUAAUUAGUGAUCUAUUGUGGCUAUACUUCAGAACAGUCAAUUUGAAUGUUGCCGUAAUCAAAUAUUUAAAUUAACAACGACGUGCAUGAUGCAUAAUUGCUGAUUCUGUUAUUUACACUUGAUUAAGCUGAAUAUUAAGACCAAAAAAUCAUUACUAUUAAGGAUUUUUAGUAUUUUUACUAUUGUUCAUAUUAUAGCUAAAAUGUACGCAGUAAAGAAUGCUGGCAGAAAUGUAAAGAGCGAUUAUGAAAUAUUAGAUUUCUAUGGAUUUGAGUUUUUCUUUUAUGGAACAUGAUUAAACCAAUUGUUGAUUAUCACAGGUAUAAUCUUAAACGUAUUAAGUGUGUAAUAAAUAGGUCGGUAUGAUUUAAAUGCGAUUUUAUAAGACCUAAAAUAUAAAGACAAAUUGUAGCAUCGUGAAUGGUUGUAAUUGUUAUUUUUGCUACAUAUUUUAUUAUAUAUGUAGAAUGUAGCUAAUUAUUAUGCUAAAUUAGAGAAAAUUGUCUCGCAAAGUUUAUGAUCGUUAAGAAGUUUUUUUUACGCAUAAGAGGCUAAACGGAUUGUCAUGUUUACAGGAAAUGGUUGAUAUUAUCUGUAUUAAAAAAGGUUGAUUUUGUACAAAAAUAAUUCCUUUUCCGUGGAAUAUAUAACGCCACAAAUGGAUUUAAGAUUUUUUUAAUAUCCGUUCUAUUUAUUUUACUAUAGGCAAUUUAAUUUAAUUUGUAGUUAAAAUUUCUAGAGCGAUCAAAAAUUUUGAUACUAUUUUCUUUGAUUGUAAUCGUGUUUCUUCAAAAUGUAUACUAAUGCUAAAGGUGCUUGAAGUAUUAUGUGACCCAGUGCGUAGUGUUACACAAUCGUGCCUCAAUAAAGUAGUUAGUUUUUUGUAAUGACAAUCCACUAAUUAUACCACAGCCAAACUGAAGGUCCUUCAAAUGUCAUAGUUUACGACCUCAACAAUGAUUUUAAAUAAGUAAAGUCAUCGACGAGUUAAACAAAUGUAGUGUGGUUUUGAUGUAAUUAGGGGAUUUUUGGAUGUAGUUUAUAUAUAAUUUAUUAGAUUCCUAUAUUUGUCUAAAAAUAUAGAAUUUGUAACUAAAGUAUCCAUUAGAUAGCAAUAAAUUCCAACUUUACGACAAUUUUGGCAUGAGCUCUUAAAAAAUCCACUACAUUACAUUGGUCUCUUUUCAACACACCAUAAACAACAUUUGAAAGAAAGAGACGACCGUAUGAUUUUUUGUCCAAAUGCGAGUUAUACAAAAUGUUUAUGAAUAUGUAGACGAAACGUCAAGAGUAGAAAAUGCGACUAAGAGUAUGUAUGUAACUAUUGCGUAUAUAUCGUGCAAACAAAAUAAUUUUAGAUAUAAUUUAUUAUAAUUUUUCAGCUUUAAAGUUUUCGUAAUCUGUAUAACUAUAUAAAAAUAUAUUUGUUAAUGAGAUUAUCCAGUUAUUAAGUGUUCAAAUAAAUGUGGUCGGAUAUAA